AGAUAAGGAAAGCAAGGGGGAAACGCACAGGAAAGUGCCGGGUAGCCAGUCCUUGAUGCUUCAUCUUCGAACCUCCCUGCAUACAUAUUUGAAGCAAACAUAUUCAGUGCAUAGCUGCUGGUGUCCAACCUCUCUGCAAACUUUGUGCAGGUGAAUCUGGAUGAGUGCUGAAUAGAACAGGCCACCUGAAAGCAACCCAGGAGGACUGUGCCUCCCCUGGCCAUUGAAUCCCACCCCCUGACCCUUGGGGAUGAAAGUGUUAAUCUUGCCGGGGAGUUUUUAAUCUCAAGUUGAGCUGGCUGGGCUGUGGGGAGGCAGGCAGACUGACUUCCUGCAGCUGCGUGAGAGAAGUCGGAGCAUGGUGAGGAACGGGAGAGAUUCCAGGCUGCCUGCUCCGAGGAUGGAGCUGCCGGUGGUUGUUGGAGCAGGGCCUCGUGUUUCAGACUCUCUGCACUGAUGAUGCCCGCUUCACCUGACUUAGGUGGCUCUUGCUGAGAACAUCGUUCCACACUGAGAUCAUCCACCCCAGAUUUCGUGCUCACUGCUCAGUUGGAUUUCCCCAUGUCCCCUGUCUGGAUUAAUACACCCGUUUUUUCAAAGAUGGGGCUCUGCAGCCUUGAAGUACAAAUGGGUACCCUCAACAGCUUCAGCAAGAGGUGCUGAUUGAUUUUCCCUUACUCACCUUGGGAGGAGUGAGCUCUCCUCCCCUCCAAGGCAGCAGUUUGUGGGAGCAGGAAAGCCAUGCCCUGCCAGCGUCGCCCGCAGUCAACCAGCAGCGACACCCCACGGGAGGACCUCUACUAUCAAACCUAUUACAGCUUGAGCCAACAGUACCCCCUCAUCCUCUUGCUCCUCUUCAUUGUGUUGGGCAUCUGUGUGGCUCUCAUUGUGACAUCCUUUGCCAGUGGCCGGGAUUUCUCCUCCAACCUGGGCUUCCUGAUUACAUUAUUCGUUGCCCUGGCAAUCUUCAGCCUCAUCCUGAUCCUCGUGUGCAUAGAGAGCUUCUUCCAGCAAUGCACCCGGCUCUUCUCCGCCAUCAUCUGGACCUGCCUGAUGACCAUGGGCUAUGUCUUUGUCUUCACCGGAGGGGUGGUCAGUGCCUGGGAUCAGGUCUCCUUCUUCCUCUUCAUCAUCUUCACCGUCUACACCAUGUUGCCUGUUGGCAUGAAAGAUGCCGUGGCUGCCGGCUUGGUCUCCUCCCUCUCCCACAUCGUCGUCCUGAGCGUCUACCUCUCCCUGGGGCGCGGCUCGCGGUCAGAGCUAGCGCUGCAGCUCCUGGCCAAUCUCGUCAUCUUUGUCUGCGGGAACCUGGUGGGUGCCUACCAUAAGCACUUGAUGGAGGUUGCCUUGGGGGAGACCUUCCAUGAGACCUUCAACCUCAUCCAAUCCCGAGUCAAGCUGGAGUCUGAGAAGAGGCACCAGGAGCAUCUGCUUCUCUCCAUCCUUCCUGCCUACAUUGCCUUGGAAAUGAAGGCCGAGAUCAUCGAGAGGCUCCGGGAUGGAGGCCAAGCCCAGCACCGUCACGAGGGCACCAAUAAUUUCCACAACCUCUACGUCAAGCGCCACGAAAACAUCAGCAUCCUAUACGCCGACAUUGUUGGGUUCACGCUCUUGGCCAGCGAAUGCUCCCCAAAGGAGCUAGUCCUCAUGCUCAACGAACUCUUUGGCAAGUUUGACCAGAUUGCCAAGGAUAACGAGUGCAUGAGAAUCAAGAUCUUGGGCGACUGCUACUACUGCGUCUCUGGGCUGCCUGUGUCACUGCCCAACCAUGCCCGGAACUGCGUCAAGAUGGGCCUUGACAUGUGCCAGGCCAUCAAAAAGCUGCGUGAUGCCACUGGAGUGGACAUCAACAUGAGAGUCGGAGUCCAUUCGGGGAACGUCCUGUGUGGGGUGAUUGGGCUCCAGAAGUGGCAGUAUGACGUCUGGUCCGAUGAUGUGACGCUAGCCAAUCACAUGGAAGCAGGAGGUGUGCCAGGGAGGGUUCAUAUCACGGAGGCCACGUUGCUGCACCUGGGUGGUGCCUACGCUGUGGAGGAAGUUUGUUUCUGGCCACGAGACUCUUACCUGAGGGAGAACAAAAUCAAAACCUUCCUGGUCGUUGACCCCAGGGCUGAAGAAGAGACCUCCAGUGGCACCCUCUCACCUGCGCCAGGUGAGGGCUACAAGAUGAGGGCUCCAGCGCGGAUGACUCGCUACCUGGAGUCGUGGGGGGCAGCCAAACCCUUUGCCAACCUCAAACACCUCGACAACCUCCCCGCAGAACCGGCAGGGUUUGUCAGGAGCAACUACUCGGAGAUCUCUCUGGGGUCCUUGAACCAGCAGAAGACCUUGGAACGAGGGCGUGCCCCCAGGAGCCCAGAUGAAGACCUGGAAGGAGUGGACGAGAAGUUCUUUCAGCUCAUCGAACAGCUUAACUCGCAGAAGCAAUGGAAGGAAUCAGAAGAUUUGAAUCGCAUCACACUGUACUUCAAGGAAAAAUCCCUUGAGAAGGAGUAUCGUCUCUCUGCGCUCCCAUCUUUUAAUUACUACACGGCCUGCACCUUCCUGGUUUUCCUCUCCAACUUUCUCAUCCAGAUCCUCGUGGUUUACAAGACAGAAGCAUUGGGGAUAUCCUAUGGAAUUUCCUUCUUCCUCUUUUUCCUCCUCCUCCUCACCUGUUUUGCAGGCCACCUGGCAAAGUGCUUCCUGAAAGGUCCAAAAGUCUUAUCCUGGGUCCCGGCCAUCUCAGACAGCAUCUGCACCCAGCCGUGGCUGCGAGUCUCUUUGGGCAUCACCACCAUCCUGGUGGUUCUCACCAUGGCGGUGCUGAAUUUGUUCUUCAUGCCAGAGACGUCCUGCUUUUCGAAAGCUCAGAAUUUGACUACGGGGGGCUUGAAUGCCACACAAGAGAUUGCUCGCUUUAACUCGCUCUUCAGUGUGCCAUAUUACAUCUACUGCUGCAUCUUGGGGUUCCUCUCAUGCUCACUCUUCCUCCACAUGAACUUUGAGCUCAAGCUCACCAUGCUGACCCUCUGCCUCGUCGUCUACAACGUGCUGUUCCUCCACACCCACUCGUGGCUCUCCGACUGCUACGUCUCCCGCCUCUACCCCAACCAGACAGCUCUCAGACCUGGGGUGCUGAAGGAGCCUAAGGUGAUGGGAGCAUUCUCGUUCUUCGUCUUCUUCUUCACUCUCUUGGCUCUGGCCAGGCAGAAUGAAUAUUACUGCCGUCUAGAUUUCCUCUGGAAGAAGAAGUUCAAGGAAGAACGUGAGGAGAUUGAAACCAUGGAGAACCUCAACCGUGUCUUGCUGGAGAAUGUGCUUCCUGCUGAUGUAGCUCAGCAGUUCAUUCGCCAGAACCGGCGCAAUGAGCAGGAUCUUUACCACCAGUCUUAUGACUGCGUCUGUGUCCUCUUCGCCUCCAUCCCAGACUUCAAAGAAUUUUACUCUGAAUCGAACGUAAACCAUGAAGGACUCGAAUGCCUUCGGCUACUCAACGAGAUCAUAGCCGACUUCGAUGAGCUCCUCCUGAAGCCCAAAUUCAGUGGGGUGGAGAAGAUUAAGACCAUCGGCAGCACUUACAUGGCAGCCACUGGCUUAAAUGUGGUGGCUGGACAGGAUAACCAACAGGACACUGAGAGGAGCUACACUCACCUGGGGACGAUGGUGGAAUUUGCCAUGGCUCUGGCAGCCAAGCUAGACAUGAUCAACAAACACUCUUUCAACAGUUUCAAGCUUCGUGUGGGUAUAAACCAUGGACCGGUUGUGGCAGGAGUGAUUGGAGCCCAGAAACCCCAAUAUGAUAUUUGGGGGAACACAGUCAAUGUGGCCAGCAGGAUGGAGAGCACGGGAGUGCUGGGGAAGAUACAGGUCACAGAAGAAACAGCCAAGGCCUUGGAGACACUGGGUUACACUUGCUCCCUUCGUGGGGUUAUAAAGGUGAAAGGCAAAGGUGAACUUCGAACAUACUUCGUCUGUACAGACACGACCCGGCCUGGCCCCCAAGCACCUAUGCUGAGCUGAGUUUCUGGGAACGAAACUGUGACAAGCACCGGAUUUUUUUUGGGGGGGGGGCUGGGAUUCCCUAGAGACAGCUGCAGGUGCUUCUUCCAGCCACUUGGGGGCAGCAGGAGGCUUAACUCUAACUGACCUCUCUAGCACUGGAUUUCCCGCAAGUCUUUGUGCUCCAUGCUUGGGGUUCAUGGGCUCUCACAAACUAUGUGUGUCAUAAAUGGACUGGCUGUCGGAGGAAGAUUGAACCCUGGGGGCUGGGGAAAGACCCCAAGGACACACCACAUAUGUAAAACUACUGUGAGCUGGAGAAAGUUGCUGAAGUACAUUUGCCCCUUUUGAAAAAAACAAACAAAACCAAAAUCCUACCUCUGCAAUCAAUGACCAAUACACCUCCAUGUUUUCCUGCUGUGACAAAGACAAACCUUGCUGUUGACUCACCUAGAACUCUUUAAGGGCCCCUCAAAUGGCCAAGUUGGGCUUUAUCCCACUUCACAGAAGGAAGACAGCAACUCCGCAAUCAAGUUCCCAAACCUUAUUUGAGGAACCUUCAGUCCAGCUGCUUGAUCUAAACCAGUGGUCUAAGGAAUACCUUCAACCCUCCUUUAGGAAGGCUGCUAAACUAAACUAAGCUCAACUCAGCUCCCAAGCCCAAAACAUGGUGUCCAGUCAUUUUAUGAUGGUGCUUAAUCCCCACCCAGUCUGUUAAGCAGGGGCCAAUCACAGUGUGGCUUCUUGAAACCAUGGGGUUUGGCAGGGACUGGGUGUGGUUUGGGAGAUGUCUGAACAGGCAUGUCCUGUAUCAGCAGUGGGGAGCUUUCAUCCUAGGGGCCUAAUCAGACCCACCAGACCUCCCCAUUUGGCCUGAGAGGCUGUUUCAGCCAAGCUGGACACAGACUGGCAGAUGGCUGUCCGAACAGGCAUACCUUAAACAAACAGAGAGGGAAGUAAUUUGGGGAAACUGGGGGGAUACAGCUAGGACUAUGGUCCCACUACUGGGUUGUAGUCGUCUAUUGUAGACAAGGGGUGAGGCUGGUUGAGCAUUGCCCCCAUCACUCAACUGGUUCCUUUAGGUUGUCACACAAGAAACCAGUAUUUCCCCAGUUUCUUUCUAGGCCAGUUUCUCUUCUGCCCUGCUCUGCCCUCUUCCUCUCCUGAAUGUGGCACGUACCUUUACCCUCUUUUCCACGUGCAGGUGCUGCAGGGUUUGAAAGCGACAUCAUGUCGGGGAACAGCUUCCCCCUUUUCAUUCAAGGAAUGGAUUCUCACCCAUGAUUAGUUUUGAUUUUGUGGGAAGGGAAGCAUACAGUACACAGUUUAAGGCCUUAGACCUGAGACCUGGGACACAGCUGUUGCCAAAUAUCUCAGAGGGGGCCUAAUUCAGCUCUCCUCUCCAGUCACUUUACUAGUUAAUGAGUUGACACUUCGACCAUGCUUUCCACCAAAUGGGAACCCUUUAUAGUAUGCACCGCAUC